AUGAUCACGGACGUUCAAUUCGCCAUCUUCACCAACAUGCUGGGCGUGUCACUUUUCUUGCUUGUGGGUCUCUAUCACUACGUGGCAGUCAGCAAUCUCAAGAAGUAG